AUGAACGACGAUUCAACCACCACCUGCAGCCAAUGCAACCUCACACAUCCAAAAAUCCUCCACCACAUCCGCCUCAACGCCACCUUCCGCCACCUCUGCACCACCUGCGUCCUCCGCCUCCACCCUAACCACUUCUGUCCGUCCUGCCUCACCGUCUACCACCGUUCACCGCCAGAAAACGCCAUCGUGUGCUUCAAAUGCCACUCCUUCUCCCACCGCGCCUGCGUUUCCCCCUCCUUCACCGUCCGUAUACCUUGCGUUACGUGCCUAAACCCUAACGGCGUCGUUUUCAGCCCUAGGUCAUCCAAUUGGUUUUAUAACUGUAAUAACGGUAGCCGGAGGAUAGAUUUGGCUGCUGCGAGGCUGCUGGUGGCUGCGGCGGAGAUAUCGACGUUGUCGAUGAGUAGAGCGGAGGCUGCAGCUGUUAAGGAAGCAGAGUGGAGAGCGAAGGAGGCUUCGGAGUGGGGGAAGAAGGCGAAGGAGGCGGUUAAUCAUGUUGUAAAGGUUAUGGAGAUUGAAAAGAAGAAAAGAGAUGAUGAAUGUGAAUGUGAGUGUAGUGUUGUGGUUGAUGAUGUUGGAAGUAAUAGUAGUUUUGUUGGAAUUGGUAGUAGUGUUGGUUCGGUUGAGGCUUUUGAAGCGUUGAAAUUAGCAGGCGAUCAGGGUGAAGAUUUAGUGGUUCAGUAUGAACAUCAAUCGAAUUUGUGA